AUGGGGGCGAUGUUCCGUAGUGAGGAGAUGGCGCUGUGCCAGCUCUUCAUCCAGCCUGAAGCGGCGUAUACCUCCGUUUCAGAACUUGGUGAAGCUGGGACUGUACAAUUUAGAGAUUUAAAUCCCGACGUAAACGCAUUCCAACGUAAGUUCGUAAACGAAGUUCGUCGCUGUGAUGAGAUGGAACGUAAAUUGCGGUACAUCGAGGCUGAGGUACAUAAAGACAAGGUGCACGUCCCACCAGUUAAGGAUAUGCCGCGAGCACCCAACCCCAGAGAAAUUAUUGAUCUUGAGGCACACUUGGAGAAGACGGAAAACGAAAUCCUUGAGUUAUCUCACAACGCCAUCAACCUGAAGCAAAACUACCUUGAGCUGACAGAACUGAAACACGUCUUGGAAAAAACUGAAGCUUUCUUCGUAGCUCAAGAAGAAAUCGGAAUAGAUUCAUUGACUAAGUCGCUAAUAUCCGAUGAGACCGGCCAACAAGCCGCCACACGCGGCCGCCUCGGCUUCGUAGCGGGAGUUGUGCAACGAGAACGCGUCCCUGCCUUUGAGCGCAUGUUGUGGCGUAUAUCGAGAGGCAAUGUAUUUUUACGCCGAGCUGAACUGGAAAAGCCUCUUGAAGAUCCUAACACGGGCAAUGAAAUAUAUAAGACCGUGUUCGUUGCGUUCUUCCAAGGAGAACAACUGAAGUCUCGCAUCAAGAAAGUAUGCACAGGCUUCCACGCGUCGCUGUAUCCAUGCCCGCCCUCCAACACCGAGCGACAGGACAUGGUUAAGGGUGUUAGGACUCGUUUGGAAGAUCUUAACAUGGUCCUAAACCAAACCCGGGACCACAGACAACGUGUGCUCAUGAGCGUGGCCAAGGAACUCGGUAGCUGGUCCAUAAUGGUCCGCAAGAUGAAGGCCAUCUACCAUACACUGAAUCUGUUCAACAUGGACGUGACUAAGAAGUGUCUUAUCGGCGAAUGCUGGGUGCCGACUGCUGACCUACCCAAUGUACAAAAAGCUCUCGCUGAUGGAUCGAACGCAAGUGGAAGUUCUAUCCCGUCUUUCUUAAACUGCAUCGAAACCGACGAAGUGCCGCCUACCUUCAAUCGUACAAACCGCUUCACGCGGGGCUUCCAAAACCUCAUCGACUCGUACGGUGUUGCCUCCUACAGGGAAUGUAACCCAGCACUCUACACCAUCAUCACUUUCCCCUUUCUCUUUGCGGUGAUGUUCGGAGAUUUAGGCCACGGCUUGAUCAUGGCUAUGUUUGGUGCUUGGAUGGUAGUAAAAGAAGUGUCCCUCGCUGCAAAGAAGUCUAACAAUGAAAUCUGGAACAUUUUCUUCGCCGGUCGCUACAUUAUCUUGCUCAUGGGCUGCUUUUCUAUGUACACUGGGCUAGUAUAUAACGAUAUUUUCUCCAAAUCGAUGAAUAUAUUCGGAACGUCGUGGAUUGUGCCGUAUGACAAUAAAACUCUAGAAGCGAACGCUGCUUUGUCCAUGGAUCCAAAAGAUUCUUACAUCGACACACCAUACUUCAUCGGUAUCGAUCCUAUUUGGCAAACUGCGGAAAACAAAAUUAUUUUCCUGAACUCCUACAAAAUGAAACUGUCCAUCAUUUUCGGUGUCGUCCACAUGAUUUUCGGUGUCUGCAUGAGCGUCGUAAAUUACAACUUCUUCAAGCGCCGCUACUCCAUCUUCUUGGAGUUCAUCCCCCAGGUCGUGUUCCUGUGUCUGCUCUUCUUGUACAUGGUGUUCAUGAUGUUCUACAAGUGGGUUUCCUACAGCACUUUAUCUAAAGAUAUAGCCUAUACCCAAGGGUGUGCACCUUCAGUCCUGAUCCUGUUCAUCAACAUGAUGCUGUUCUCUAGCACCGAGCCCGAAGGCGGCUGCAAAGAGUUCAUGUUCGAAGGUCAAGGCACCAUCCAGCGAGCGUUCGUCCUUGUGGCGCUGUGCUGUAUACCAAUCAUGUUGUUCGGCAAGCCAUUAUACUUACUCUGUGCGAGUAAGAAGAAGAAGCCUGCUAAGCCUGAACAGCCAAAUGGAAACGUGAACCAAGGCAUUGAGAUGCAGGAACAAACAGACAUCAGCUCUGCACCUAAGCCUGAAGCCAAGUCGUCCGGAGGCCACGACCAUGAGGAGGAACCCUUUAGCGAAGUUAUGAUUCAUCAAGCUAUUCACACUAUUGAAUAUGUACUCAGUACUAUUUCUCACACCGCCUCGUACCUUCGACUGUGGGCUUUGUCUCUUGCUCACGCAGAAUUAUCCGAGGUACUAUGGAGCAUGGUGCUCAGAUUCGGUCUGCAGGACCACGACUACGUGGGCGCCAUCAAGUUGUACGUAGCGUUCAUCUUCUGGUCGCUGUUCACGCUCGCCAUCCUCGUCAUGAUGGAGGGGCUUUCAGCUUUCUUGCAUACAUUGCGUUUGCAUUGGGUGGAGUUCAUGAGCAAAUUCUACUCAGGUCUGGGCUACAUCUUCCAGCCUUUCUGCUUCAAGACAAUCCUCGAACAAGAGGACAAUGAAGAU